AUGACAAUUACACAGUCAAGAAUUCCAACUUCUUCCAUUUCCCUACAUUUCAUUGUUGUUGGUGCUGGUUUGGGUGGAGUAACGGCUUCGAUUGCUCUCACCUUAGCUGGGCAUAAGGUGACCGUUUUAGAAGCUGCUCCCAUAUUAGGCGAAGUUGGUGCUGGGAUACAGAUUCCUCCUCCUUCAGUUAAGAUUCUUCAGGCUAUUGGAGCCUUGGACGAAGUACUCUCCAAUGCUACUUUUCCUCGUGAGUUUCAGAUUCAUAGUUGGAAAGAAGGCAAGAUUAUUUCCAAACAGAACUUGAUCCCCUACACUAUGGAAAAGUACAAUUCUCACUACUUGCACAUUCAUCGGGCCGACUACCAUCGAGCCUUGGUUAACCGAGCCAUUGAAGUCGGAGUUGAGAUUGUUUUGGAUGCCCGGGUCAACCACAUUGAUUUUGAAAAGGCCACCGUUGCUACUGCUCGUGGAGAAGUUUAUUCUGGGGACGUCGUAGUUGGAUUCGAUGGCAUAAAGUCUCGCUUGAGAUCCUUCAUUUUGGGCUACGAAGACUUACCUUACGACACAGGCGAUCUUGCCUAUAGGGCAAUAAUCAAAGUAAGCGAAAUGAAGAAGGAUCCGGAGCUUGUUCCUUUCAUUGAAGAACCAAACAUACACUUCUGGUGGGGUCCUCGAUGCCAUGUUGUAUUAUAUUUAUUGCAAGGCGGUGAGAGUUGCAAUGUUGUCAUACUUACACCAGAUACCUUGCCUAAAGAUGAAGCAGUUCAGCCUGCCAAGGUAGAGGAGUUAUUGGAGUUGUUUAAGGACUGGGAUCCAAGAUUGAACUCCAUCUUUAAAAACAUACAUAGUACCAGCAAAUGGAGAUUGCAAAAUUCAAGAGAAUUAUCCACAUGGACACAUGAAGAAGGAAAUGUGAUCAUCUUGGGAGAUGCAUCGCAUGCCACUUUGCCCUACUUGGCAUCCGGAGCCUCUCAAGCCUUGGAAGAUGCUGCGGUAUUGGCAGGUUUGUUCGGCAGAAUUGAACAUCGGGGCCAGAUUCAUGAUCUUCUCAAUCUAACGGAAUCUUUGAGAAAAUGGAGAUCUACUCAAGUUGUCCAAGGUUCCACUCAAUGCAGAAAUAUCUACCAUUUACCAGAUGGUAAAGAACAACAGUUAAGAGAUAUGAAAUUGCAAAUCUCUCCUCCAAAGAUCGGCUGUCCCAACAGGUGGAGAGAUCCUGUUUUCCAGGAAUUUUUAUGGGGUUACGAAGCGUUUGACGAGGCUGAAAGAGGGUGGGCAGAGUAUAAGAAGGGAAAGAUUGCGAAGUACACCUUCGAUCUGCUUUACGAUGAAGUGAAAUUAUAG